GGCAAUUAUCAGUCACGUCAUAGACACAUAAACAUAUGACGUCACUUUUGUUGUAUUUUACGUCACAAUGGUAACUAAGUUCAAUGACGUCAUAAUCAUGACAAUCACUUUCUAUCACUUGGUGCUAAAUUUUCACGCUCUUCGUUUUCUCCGUCAUUUUGUCCAUCAACAUGUCUCCCAUCUGGACUGUACCAGGGCAUCCCAGUUUCAGCACAACAGCCUCGUCAGCUGGUGUCACCUCCUAUGUUUCUUUCCGUGAUAUCUCGUGGUUUUGCCCUGGCAAGAUCUAUGUUGUCGCUCUCACAAUAAUGGCAGCAAUCGCUGUAUUGGCCAGUGUCUACUACCUGUGGAAGACGUUCGGCAAAACACACAACCGUGCAUGGCGGAGAAGCAACCGUCGCCUCUCUCGGUCCGUGGACGCUGAGUUUGGAUGUGUAGACAUUCCUGAUAUUAUGGACACUCAAAUGCUGCAACCGAAUGCACCAAACCCAGUUUCUGACCAAAUGGUCACGUGUCACUGUUUGGGGAGUCGAUGUGAUUGAGGAGGAGGAGGAAGAGGAGGAGGGGGAGUUGUAGAUGUGUGUCGAGAUGGAAAUGUCCACAUACUUUCAUAAGACUUUUAUACAAGAAAAGAGAUCAAUUGUACAUAAU